UUAUAUGUUGUGUUCAAAAAAUAAAGGUAAAAGAAAAUACUAAAUGUGGUAUAGUUCUGAGCCAACGUGAUUUCAAUAUUAUAGUCCUUUAUUUGUAAUAAAGUUAUGGAAAGUGAUUUGUCUAAGGGACCUCAAUUUGGGAAUCGCCAUUUAACAGAAGAAGAUAAUGUUUUCGAGCAUAAUGCAUGGUAUGAGAACUUCUUUUAAACUAAUUCAGAAACGAUUCUACUAUUCAAAUACUAGAAAUAGGAAAAAACCUAAGUAUGGCACCAGAUUUCUGAAAGACAAGACACAAGUAUACGAAUUCAAUGCAUGGGAUGAUGUAGAGUGGGAUGAGGAACAGGAGAAAGAAGCUCAAAGGAAAGUGAGUGAAAAUGGGAAAAUUUCUUUAUCAAAAGAGGCAAUAGAUAAGUAUGAUUUGGAGGCAAAUCAAUUUUGGGAUAAAUUCUAUAAUAUUCACACCAACCGUUUCUUCAAAGAUCGACACUGGUUGUUCACAGAAUUUCCGGAGUUAUCAGACUCACCUACCUCAGAAAACAAGAAAAAAAUUUUUGAAAUUGGAUGUGGAGUAGGAAACACAAUCUUUCCAAUACUGAAAUAUUCAAAAAAUAAGGAUUUAUUUGUUUAUGGAUGUGAUUUUUCUGCAACAGCGAUCAAUUUAUUGAAGGAAUCAGAAGAAUAUGACACAAAAAGAUGUGAAGUAUUUGUAGAAGAUGCAUCGAAAGAUAUUUGGGAAGUUCCAUUUGAAGAGAAUAGCAUUGAUAUCAUAGUUUUGAUAUUUGUACUAUCAGCUUUGAAACCAGAUAGGUUCCAAGCUGUCGUGGAUAAUAUCUACAAAUACUUGAAACCUGGUGGUGUAGUAUUAUUUCGAGAUUAUGGCAGAUAUGAUCUUGCACAAUUAAGAUUCAAACCAGGGAAGUGUCUCUCAGAAAAUUUUUAUGUAAGAGGAGAUGGAACAAGGGUUUACUUCUUCUCACAAGAGGAAAUCAGGUCAUUGUUUGACGAAUCAAGAUUCAAAGAGGAAGAAAAUAGGGCUGAUCGAAGGUUACAAGUAAAUAGGGGCAGAUUAUUGAGAAUGUAUAGAGUGUGGAUACAAGCCAAAUAUAGAAAAAUUGAAUAAAU